AUCCAAGUGGAGCUGAAGGGCGGCGGAGAGCGACGGAGAGCGACGGAGAGUGACGAAGGUAGACGAUGUCUGACGGAGAAGAUCCAAGAGGAGCUGAAGGGCGGCGGAGAGCGACGGAGAGAGACGGAGAGUGACGGAGAGCGACGGAGAGUGACGAAGGUAGACGAUGUCUGACGGAGAAGAUCCAAGUGGAGCUGAAGGGCGGCGGAGAGUGACGGAGAGCGACGGAGAGCGACGGAGAGUGACGGAGAGUGACGAAGGUAGACGAUGUCUGACGGAGAAGAUCCAAGUGGAGCUGAAGGGCGGCGGAGAGCGACGGAGAGUGACGGAGAGCGACGGAGAGCGACGGAGAGUGACGAAGGUAGACGAUGUCUGAUGGAGAAGAUCCAAGAGGAGCUGAAGGGCGGCGGAGAGCGACGGAGAGUGACGGAGAGCGACGGAGAGCGACGGAGAGUGACGGAGAGUGACGAAGGUAGACGAUGUCUGACGGAGAAGAUCCAAGUGGAGCUGAAGGGCGGCGGAGAGCGACGGAGAGUGACGGAGAGCGACGGAGAGCGACGGAGAGUGACGGAGAGUGACGAAGGUAGACGAUGUCUGACGGAGAAGAUCCAAGUGGAGCUGAAGGGCGGCGGAGAGCGACGGAGAGUGACGGAGAGCGACGGAGAGCGACGGAGAGCGACGGAGACUGACGAAAGUAGACGAUGCCUGACGAGAAGAGCCGAGCGGACCUGAAGGGCGGCGGAGAGCGACGGAAAGUGGCGAGAAUUGACGGAAAGGGACGGGGAUUGACGGACACUGACGACGAGUCACGGAAAUUAUCCGAAGGCGACAAAGAGGAAGGCGAACUGGUGAGCUGGAGCAGGCCGAGCGUAGUCGGAGAUGACGGAAAGUGACGGAGAGGAACGAGGAGUAAAGACGGGUGACGGAAAGAGCCGAAGCUGUUGAAGGCGAAGAGCCGAGUGAGGGAAGAGAGCAGAGAGACAACCUGGUCCCGAGAUGGAACGCGGAGUGCCCCGGGCCACCGCAGACAUCCAGAGUCCUUGUUCGUGCACCCCUUUACUCAUUCUCGCAAGUGUCCUGAGAGACAGCGGACGAGAUGCAGACACAGGGGAGGAGGCCGCGUGGAGACAGAAGCAGAGACCGGAGUGACGCGGCCACAAACCCAGGGACACCUGGAGCCCCCGGGAGCUGCGAGAGGCUGGAAGGAGCCGCCCCUGGAGCCUGUGGAGGGAGCACGGCCCUGAGACUCCUGGACCUCAGACCCCUGGUCUCCAGGACGGGGAGCGGAUGAGUCUCUGGGGUGAGUGCACCCCUCUGCCUGCUUUGGUGGCAGCCCCAGCUCAACCAUCCCGUAGUGUCUGCGCCCUGGGAUGUGCAGGUAACACCACCGGCCCCAGGAGUGUUCUCACCAGCCCGGCCGGGAACGGCUGCCUCCUCUCUUUCCCUGGGGAGGUCCAGGGAAGACCCCGACACACCCGGCCUUCUCCCUGGCCCGCCCCAUGGCCGCGGGGACCCUGAGGUCCGUACGUGUGGGGAAAAGAGAGGUCAGCCUGUUACUGUGUCUAUAUAGAAAGAAGUAGAUUUAAGAGACUCCAUUUGGUUCUGUAUUUGAGAUGCUGUUAAUCUGUGACCCU